AAAAUUAUUGGUAGAAUGUAUACUGUUUAUCCAUCAGAUAUGGAACGAUUUUGUCUUCGAUUAUUACUUUUGCAUACACCUGGAGCUAAAAGUUUCGAAGAUCUUAGAACUGUCAACAAUUAUAUAUAUGCUUCUUUUCGUGAAGCAGCUCUAAUAAGAGAACUAUUAGAUAAUGAUGAUGAAUGGAGCAAAUGUUUGGACGAAGCAGUUCAAUGGAAAAUGCCAAGUGAAUUAAGACAACUGUUUACAACAAUAUUAGUAUGGGGUAAUAUCAAUAAUCCUUCAUUGCUUUGGAAUCGAUAUAAGGAACAUCUUUAUGAAGAUUUAGUUUGUAGUUAUAGUACAGAAGUUGCUUUGAUUCUUACUUAUCAAGAUAUUAAUAAAAAGUUGGCACAAUUUCAAAAAUCAUUGGAAAAGGAUUUUAGUAUAUUUCUUACAACUACCGGUGAAUUAAAUUAUAUGGAACAAAUUGAUAAAGACCAUGAAAAUAAUAUCAGCGAAAAAAU